AGAGCAGCUCGGGCAGCGCAGCGGAGCCCGCCGCCCGGGACAUGGCCAAGGCGGACGGCGCAGGUGGCCCUUCCCCGGGCGGCGGUGCCCCCUGGCACCUUCAGAAUGUCCUCAAUGACUCAGUGGAGAGCUCGGAUGAUGAAUUCUUUGAUGCUAGAGAGGAGGUGGCUGAAGGGAAGAAUGCCAUCCUCAUUGGGAUGAGCCAGUGGAAUUCCAAUGACUUGGUGGAGCAGAUCGAGACCAUGGGGAAGCUGGACGAGACUCAAGGAGAAGGAGCCACAGCGUGCACAUCCAGCAUCCUGCAGGAGAAACAGCGAGAACUGUACCGGGUGUCCCUGAGAAGACAGAGGUUUCCAGCCCAGGGAAGCAUCGAGAUUCAUGAAGAUGGAGAGGAAGGCUGCUCACAGCGCUCCUGCAAGACACACGUCCUCCUGCUGGUGCUGCAUGGAGGCAAUGUGCUGGACACUGGCUCUGGCGACCCUUCCUGCAAGGCAGCCGACAUCCACACCUUCAGCUCUGUGCUGGAGAAGGUCAUGCGUGCCCACUUCCCUGCUGCUCUGGGCCACAUCCUCAUCAAGUUCGUCCCUUGUCCUGCUGUCUGCUCGGAGGCUUUCUCGCUCGUCUCUAACCUAAACCCCUACAGCUAUGACGAGGGCUGCCUCAGCACCAGCCAGGACCAUGUGCCCCUGGCCGCCCUUCCCCUGCUGGCCAUCUCCUCCCCACAGUACCAGGAUGCUGUUGCCACUGUCAUUGAGCGAGCCAACCAUAUCUAUGGAGAAUUCCUCAAGUCCUCUGAUGGGAUUGGCUUCAGUGGGCAGGUGUGUCUCAUCGGGGACUGUGUAGGCGGCCUCCUGGCUUUUGAUGCCAUCUGCUACAGUGCGGGGCCCUCAGGGGACAGCCCUGGCAGCAGCAGCCGGAAGGGGAGCAUCAGCAGUACCCAGGACGUCCCCAUGGUGGUGGAGGAGGACUGUGAUCUGGCUGGCAGCAAACGGCUCAGCAAGAGCAACAUCGAUGUCUCCAGUGGGGUGGAGGAUGAGGAGCCCAAGAGGCCAAUGCCUCGGAAACAGAGUGACUGCUCCACCUAUGACUGCGAGGCUAUCACUCAGCAUCAUGCCUUCCUUUCAAGCAUCCACUCCAGUGUGCUGAAGGAUGAGGCUGAGGUUCCUGCAGCUGGUACACCCCAGGUCCCUGAGGUCAGCCUGGGUCGCUUUGACUUUGAUGUCUCUGACUUCUUCCUCUUUGGCUCACCCCUGGGCCUGGUCCUGGCCAUGCGAAAGACAGUUCUGCCUGGGCUAGAUGGUUUACAGAUGCGUCCUGCCUGCAGCCAGGUCUACAGCUUCUUCCACUGCGCUGACCCUUCCGCCUCACGGCUUGAGCCGCUGCUGGAGCCCAAGUUCCACCUGGUUCCUCCGGUCAGCGUGCCCCGCUACCAGAGGUUCCCCCUGGGUGAUGGACAGUCUCUCCUGCUUGCUGAUGCCCUGCACACUCACAGCCCCCUAUUCCUGGAGGGCAGCUCCCAGGGAAGCCCCCCACUUCUGGACGCCUCUGCCUCGCCCCCUCAGACCCCAAGGUUCCAGCGCCCAGGACGGAGGCUGAGUGAGGGCAGCUCCCACAGUGACAGCUCGGAGUCCUCAGACAGCCUGGCGCCUGUGGGUGCCUCCCGCAUCACGGCUAAGUGGUGGGGCACCAAGAGAAUCGACUACGCCUUGUACUGCCCUGAUGUCCUCACUGCCUUCCCCACUGUGGCCCUGCCCCACCUCUUCCACGCCAGCUACUGGGAGUCCACUGAUGUGGUUGCCUUCAUUCUGAGACAGGUGAUGCGCUAUGAAAGUGCAAGUAUAAAGGAGAGCACAGGUCUGGACCCUGCAGCCCUGAGCCCCACUAACCCCCGUGAGAAGUGGCUGCGCAAGCGGACCCAGGUCAAGUUGCGGAAUGUCACUGCUAACCACCGAGCCAACGAUGUGAUUGCUGCUGAAGAUGGCCCCCAGGUCCUGGUGGGGCGGUUCAUGUAUGGCCCCCUUGAUAUGGUGGCUCUAACCGGAGAGAAGGUGGACAUCCUGGUGAUGACAGAACCAUCCUCAGGCCGCUGGGUUCAUCUGGACACCGAGCUCACCAACAACAGUGGCAGAAUCACAUACAGUGUGCCCCGGCCCCGGCGCCUGGGGGUCGGUGUCUACCCUGUAAAGAUGGUGGUCAGGGGUGACCAGACAUGUGCAAUGAGCUACCUCACGGUGCUGCCCCGAGGCAUGGAGUGUGUUGUGUUCAGCAUCGAUGGGUCCUUUGCGGCCAGCGUAUCUAUCAUGGGAAGCGACCCCAAAGUCCGGCCAGGUGCAGUAGAUGUUGUUCGGCACUGGCAGGACCUGGGCUACAUGAUCCUUUACAUCACGGGGAGGCCGGAUAUGCAGAAGCAGCGGGUGGUGUCCUGGCUGUCCCAGCACAACUUCCCACAGGGCAUGAUCUUCUUCUCGGAUGGACUGGUGCAUGACCCAUUGAGGCAGAAGGCCAUCUUCCUCCGCAACCUCAUGCAGGAGUGCUUCAUCAAAAUUAGUGCAGCAUACGGCUCCACGAAGGACAUCUCCGUCUACAGUGUGCUGGGCCUGCCAGCCUCUCAGAUCUUCAUUGUGGGCCGGCCCACUAAGAAGUACCAAACCCAGUGCCAGUUCCUGAGUGAAGGCUACGCUGCACACCUGGCUGCGCUGGAGGCCAGCCACCGCUCGCGCCCCAAGAAGAACAACUCACGGAUGAUCCUGCGCAAGGGCAGCUUUGGGCUGCACGCGCAGCCGGAGUUCCUGCGCAAGCGCAACCACCUGCGCAGGACCAUGUCGGUACAGCAGCCCGACCCGCCGGCCGCCAACCCCAAGCCUGAGCGGGCGCAGAGCCAGCCGGAGUCCGACAAGGACCACGAGCGGCCGCUGCCCGCGCUCAGCUGGGCGCGUGGGCCCCCCAAAUUUGAGUCUGUGCCCUGAGGGAUGGGCGGUGCUCAGAACAGGGGGUGCAGCCAGGUGGCCUGCAGAGACGGGAGAGGCUGCCUUCUCCCUGACACAGGCGUUUUCCUGCUUUUCCCCUCCUGUGUCUAUCCAGCAGUGUCCGACCAGAGCAGGGAGGGACCUUGCCCUGAUUUGGGGGGCUCCCUAGGCUGCGAUGAGGUGAAAUCCGGGGGUUUCUGUGCAACUGCUGCCGCCUCCCCGCGCCUGUGCUCACAAGCCCGAGUCAAGGGUGAUGUGUGUGUGCGUGAGACCUUGGGUCAGGCCUUCCUGUGCCUAGUGUUGGGCAAAGCCGACCAUCUUUCUGAGUCUUGGGGCUUCUGUAGCCGUUCUAGGCUGGCUCUAACCAGAGACGCCCCAGCGCUGUGCAGAUAGUCGCCGGCAGAUGCAGCAGCUUGUCUGUGAAGGACUAAGUGUAUUUGUGCCUGCUUUCCCUGUGACAUACGGGGAACCACUUCCGGGCUGGCUCGCUUAUGACAGAGUGAUCACUUUCUGGAGCGAGAGGACGUCCCCUGGGCCCAGUCUCAUGUCUGUGGAGUCUGUCCACAACCUGGGGACUGGGUUUGGUGCUGAUGGCCUGUCUUGAAGCUGUCCUUUGUCCCACACUUCUUGUUCUCAGUAUCCUAUUCUCCUGUGGCCCUUGAAGACAGGUGUUCUUUUUCCUUGAGCCUUGUCUUGUGCCCUCCCCUGUGAGGUUGCAGCCAUGGGCUCUCACCCAGUUGGGCUGGCAGUGUACCCUUAGCCUGUAGCAUACCCUCUCUGGGUCCUGCUUGCUUUUUUCCUGUAAUAGGAGAGUCCCCUCCGCAGCUGAGAUGGGUACAAGAUUUGACUCCUAGUUUAACUUGCAUUUCUACCCCCCUGGCUUUUCAGAAUGCCUAUGGGUCCCCUCACUUCCCCCCAACUUGGGAGAGGGGUUCUAGGAGGGAGGAACUCAUCUCAGAGGAAACCACUGCUUCAUGGGGAACCAGCUUGUUUGUGUUGCACUGAGGGAAACAGAAAAUGCCUCCUCCCACCCACAAAGCGGGGGCCACCUGGCAUCCCCUCUCCAUAGGUCUGCUCAGACUGACUUCUCUCUUUAGGUUUCUGGAAAGCAUAGAGCUGAGAUUCCAGGGUUCUGGGGUUCUUGAAAGGCUGACUCAAACUAUUCUCUUCCCCUCCCUUGGCACUCAACUUGGUUUGAGCCCAGAACCUCCUCUGGGGUAGUCAGACCCCUUAGGGUGGCAGGGCCGUGCUCUCUUGGGCCCCUCAAAGCCUGCCAGGUCUCCUUGAUGCAGAGCUCCUGGCCUUGGCACAGGCCUCCUCUUGCUCCCUGGCCUAGCUCACACCUGUUGUAGGACAGCCCGGGAGCCUCCCAGGCCAUCUGAGGUGGGGCCCAGAUAUUUGUGUGCACUGCAGGCACCUGUAUCAGCUCAGUGUUGCUUUUUCAAUGUCUACCUCUUACAGCUCCACGCAGCCUGUGGUGGCUGCUGAUGGGGGUGGUUGGCACCCUGUUGUGAGUUGCCUGGCAAACUGGGUGCCUCACUGGAGCUGGAGAGGGUGUGGGCUCCCAAUACCCACCCUGCUCUCCACUCAGAUGUCUUCUCCAGGCUGCCGGCUCCUGCCCCUUCACCCCUGUGGUCCCUGUCCUGUCUGCCAGCACUUCUGCUGCACCCUCAGCGCUGCAUUGGGCUCCCAAGCCUGGGGCUGCCAGGGAGGCUGCAGUAAGGGAGGGACCAGCCUCAGCUUCUUCUUGUCCAGCCUCCCCACUUUGACAUGUCAUAAUUCUUGGCUGUCUUUUGGCACCAACUCAUGUGGUAGCCACUUCAAUCCCAAUUCUUCCCCCGAAAUGCUUUUUAAGUGUGGACAGACAUGGUCUGAUUCUCCCACAGUCUAUCAUCUCUCCACACGAGCCACUGAGUUUGACUUGAGGAUAAAAUGUUUAUCCCCUUCCCUUUCUCAGAACCCCAGGCUGAGGGUGUAUGUGUGUGAGUGCACGCCCCUUUGAGUGGGAACCUCCAGGGAGAUUGGAGCCAGUGACAGGGCUGUGGGUCAGAUCUGGGCGGGGGGAGCACCUCUUCUUGGCUAGAUGCUGACAGUGUACAGGAGGUAUUGUGAACACCCUGGGAGCCGUAGCUGGCAUGUGUGAACGUGUGCACCUGCAGCUGUGUUUAGUGAUCAGCUCCUGUUCCAGUACUGCUUCUGCAACAACUGUACUCCACUCCCACUUCCUCUACUAGUACUUUGUUCAGUUACAGUCCUCCACUUAAGUUGGAGACAAAAAGAAUUGAGUCCUGGUGUUCUCUUGAGGGGGCGCUGUUGCCUUCUCCAGUAGUUCUGUGACCCCCAUCCAGCUGUUUUCUAGAGACUCCUAGCUCUUGGUGUGCCUGCUCUCCAGCAGCUGGAAACAGAUCUUCCUGCUUGACCAAAGCUCCCCGUUUCUGAGUGGCAUGUUUGUUCUUCCUAUGUGGUGGCUGUCCCGGCCUGGCUGAGGGAUGCCUGGCACCUUCCUUUAGCACUUGCCCUGUUGGGGGUUCAGGGUACACUUUUUGCCAGAGUCUGCUCUUCCAGCCUCAUAUCCCCCCACUCCCCAAGACUCUGAGCCCUUCCUGAAAUAUCACAAGAUAUUUUUAAAAAAGUAAAUUAUUUUCAUGCAUUCAGAUGAACAGCCUUCCUGCCUGGGUGCUGGGCUACAACAAAUGCAUCUGAACCCCAGUAUUCUGGAGACUACUGGGGUAGUUCUCUGAAGGAGGGAGGCUGUAUCUGAGCUUCAAAACUGUACUUUUAGCACUCUGGAGCCCAGAGCGGUGCCCUGGAAGUGUCCUGCAGGCAAAACAUGGCACCUAUCUUUAAUUGAAGGCUGAAUCCCUCCAGACCUGUGGGCCCAGGUCUGGAGGAGGUGCCAGGCUUGCAGCACACUCCCUCAAUCUAGUUCAGGUGCAGCCCUGCCCGGGAGGGGUGCCCUGACUGAAGGAGCCUCGCAGUUGACCCCGCCUUAAACAACCAAUUUCCCAGCGGAAUCCCCGGGGUUCCGGUGCCAAGUGCUCUGGAGAAAAAACAGUUCCUCUUCCUUUCCUUCUGGGCAUGGGGGAAAUUUCUUAAAUACCUAAGUUAGGCUUUAGUUCAAGUAGCAAGGUCCAGCUGGGUAUUAUUCUCUUUGCUGAGAAACCAACAGGCAGGUUGGGAGGAAAUUCAGAGCUUGACUCCACGCUCUGGGACAAAGGAGAGGUGGGGGAAAUCAAGGGGGGCAGGCCAUAGUGGGACAGCUAGUGCAGGAACUCCCACCCCCGUCCUUAGACCCAGACCCACUGUCCUUUCCUUUUUGUUUACUCAGUGGUGGCAGCCGGUCUGACCUUGUCUGCGGUCUGCCCGUCCCUGUGUAUAUCUUCAGUAUUCUCUGUGAUGGAUGGUUCUGUGGUGGAAAAGGUUUAUUGUAUUCCUUAUGGCUGCCUUGUACAAAAUCCGUUAGAAAAGAAAAUGUAAAAUAUCUGAUUUCUAACAAGACAAAAACAGCAUUAUGGAGUUAAAAGAUUUUUACAAUUGGUCUUGAUUUUGAUGUGAGCUGUUUUUAACUCUCAAACGUUGUCACUUAAAUAAAAAACCUUUUUUGCCUUUAAAAUGUGCUUUGCUUUGGCCUGAGAAAAACCUUCCCUUUACUCAGUUUCCCCCUGAGCUAGAGUGGGAGCAGAGGGGAUGGGGGAUAAAAAGCUGGGCUGCAGA